CAGAUCCUGGCGGUCGGUCUGCUGCCUGAGUUGCUGUCGAACUUCUCCAGCUGCGCGCAUCAUGAUCUUUCUCGUGGACCUGGUGCUGAUGCUCAUAGACCUCACCUACUCCAUCCUGGCUGCCAUGAUCCAGACUUUCCUGCGGCCGAGGCUCAAGUGCGUUGAUGGAGAGCUGUGUUUGAUAACGGGGGCCGGGGGCGCGCUGGGGCGCCUGUUCGCCCUGGAGUUCGCCAAAGAGGGAGCGCGCCUGGUGCUGUGGGACUGCAACACCAGUGCCAACGAGCAGACCGCCAAGCUGGCGCGGGAGCUGGGGGUUGAGGUGCACGCGUACACGGUGGACCUGUCCAAACGGCAGAGCAUCUAUGAGGCGGCGGACCGGGUCAGAGAGGAGGUCGGGGAUGUCUCCAUGCUGGUCAACAACGCGGGUGUGGUGGCCGGGCGCAGGCUGCUGGACUGUCCGGACGAGAUGCUGGAGAGGACUCUGCUGGUCAACUGCCACGCGCUUUUUUGGAUGACAAAAGCCUUCCUGCCUCAGAUGAAAGCGAAGAACCACGGCCACAUGGUCACCAUCGCCAGUGCUCUUGGACUGUUCAGCACCGCGUGUGUCGAGGAUUACUGUGCGAGUAAAUUUGGAGCUGUGGGUUUUCACGAGUCUCUGACUCAUGAGCUUUUAGCAGAGAACCUGGAGGGCAUAAAAACGACCUUGGUGUGCCCUUACAUUGUGGACACGGGGAUGUUUGCAGGCUGUGAGAUCAGGCAGGAGCUCAAGAGUCUCAUUCCACCUCUGCAGCCGCUCUACACCGUACAACAGUCCAUGAAUGCCAUUUUAGCCGAACAGCAAAUGAUCUGCAUUCCUCGCAUGAUGUACAUCCCCUUCCUUGCACGAGCGUUGUUACCAUGGGAGGCAAACGUGGCAACAUAUCGCUUCAUGGGAGGAGACAAGUGCAUGCUACCUUUCAUCAAGAAUGUUGAAAUGAAGACUUCCAACGGCCAUAUCAAGUCUUCCUAAUGCCACCGCUGACUCUUCCUCUUAAGUAAUGGACCAACUUGAAUAACCAAGGCUUUUACCAAAUACACAUUCAAUUGAAGGGAGAACCCAAUAUCUACACUAACCUGGUAUCUCACCACACCAGGUUCCCUGGAGUAUAUAAAAAAAUGUGUUCUUAAUUUAUGAGAAUAAAGUCGUAAUAUUCUAACCUGUUGUUUUAGAAGAGACUUGUUAAAAUGAAGGUGGUGGAGCAUAUCAUGGAAUUGUUCACAAACAAGGAGAUACUUCAUCUUUUGGCACAUCAGCAUCACUUUGUCAUAAGUAAGUUACAAUAUUAUGUCUUU